UGAAAUUGAUCCGGGACAUUGUUAUUCAAAAUGGCGGCAAUUAGGAGGAAGGUACAUAAACUUUUUUGGAAAUAAUAAAAGUGAUUUCUUCCACGAUUUUGCUGCUAUAAUGCCGGAGGAAAGAAUAGAAGAUGCAGACGCUAGCAAUGUUGGUGAAGAAGAAGGCGAAGAAGAGAUUCCGUCGGACAUAAUGCCACUUUUCUUUACGAGUAAAACUCAAGAAAUAUUUGGCUGCAAAGGCGAUGAGGAUGUCACAGAAGAGAAUCCACACAAGCUGAUCCCAAAGGAAACAAUCCUUCAAGAUUUUAAAGACAGGGCAGCUGUUUCAGAUUUUCAUCCAGUUAAGCAAAUCGUUUUGGAUUAUCAAGCUGAUGAACUGCUUGUAGUGUAUGAUCCCUUGUUCAAGUAUGGUCAGAAUUUUUACCUUGCUCUUACAGAGGAAGCCAAGGAGAGGAUCCUGAAUCCUCCUCAAGAUGAAGUUCAAGAUGGAGAAGCAGAGGAAGAAGAAGAAGACUUAGUAUUUACAUUUAGAAAGUUUCCACGAACUCCUCAGCCAUGGCAAUCCUUUGGAAGUGAAACUGAAGUGGAGGAAGAGAAUGUCACUGAAAACAGACCCAAGGUCAAGUUUAGGAUUUCAAGAAAGAGGCGUGAGUUUGGAGUGCCUGUGACAUUCAGUGAUCGAAAUGUGUCUGAUGCUAAAGAUGGCUUCGUAGAAUGCCCUUCAUAUGACGAUGAUAGCUAUGGACUCCUGAAGAAAGAGCUUGACAAAGGCAUACAGGCUGUUCCAGUAUUGACAGAUAUAGGAAAUCAAACAGAAUGGAGAAAACCUUGUAAUGCUGUGACACAGUACGUGGCAAGAACUCUUGAAGAGAAAUCCAAAGAAGAGCUCAAAAGAACAACUGCUGAUAUAAUCACUUUUAUUGAGAAAGUUACCCCAAGGUUUGAGCUGGCUUUACAGCAGAAUGAGAUAUUGGAUGUGUUUUAUGAUGACUACUUAUCCCUGGCAGAUGAUGAAACUACUUUUGGUGCAAAAUCAGACAACUAUUUAAAGGAAUACCAGUCCUUUACUGAUCUUCAGUACAGCAAAGAGAAAACGAUCACAUACAUUCAGUGGCAUCCUGCUAUCAAAGGGAUUAUUGCAGUUUCUUGCGGUGAAGGUCUCUCAUUUGAUGACAGAGUGGAUCAUUUUUCUCGCAUUCUUAUGACAUCGUCCCUGGUUCUGAUCUGGAGUUUCUCAGAUCCAAUUCAUCCCCUGGCACUACUUGAGGCUCCUGAUGAUAUUUUUUCCUUCAAGUUUAAUCCUUCUGAUCCAAAUAUCAUUGCUGGAGGGUGCAUAAAUGGACAGAUUGUUUUAUGGGACAUCACAAACCACAGUGACAGAUUACGUAGUCACAGACAAUCUCAUGGCCAAAGCAAGAAGAAUUCUAUGAAUACUUUGCCUGGAUUUGAAGAUGAAUCAAGCUUUGAUCGAUCACCCAUUAUCAGAUAUUGUGCGGUGUCUUCAAUUGAACACAGCCACAAAACAGUUGUCUCAGACAUCAUAUGGAUUCCUGAUCAUAUGGAGAUUGGACGCAUGGGUGUUGUUGUUGAAAACAAAUCACAGCAGUGCAGUCAGUUGAUGUCAUGUGCUGCAGAUGGCACUGUCCUUGUUUGGGACACCCGCCCUAGUAAGUCUGCGGCACCUGCACAUGCAGCUGGUCAAAACCCAGCUGGAACUCUUCCUACAUUUAAACACUUGGAUUUAACAUGGAAGCCUGUCCUUAGGGUGACUGUGUCUCAUGUAACGGGUGCUGGUGAGUUUGGACCAAGUGUGUUCAGCAUUUCAGAAAGGCAAGGCGCAAGAACAGCAGGUGCAAAAUCAAGUGAAGAAAAAGAGGCAGGUGGGAUAUCCAAUAUAUCCUCCAGUAUAUCUAAAGGCAGGGACCAAGGCAAACCUCUGGAGAAUGUCAGCUCCAAGUUUUUUAUUGGUACUGAGGAAGGUGACUUGGUCUACAUGGAUUGGAAACCUGAAAAGGAUACAGACAGCGGGAAAAUAGUUUCUCCCCGACCUGAGCAGGUGUGGGCAGCACAUGAUGGUCCCAUCACCACCCUACAGAGGUCGCCAUUCUUCAGAGAUAUCAUUCUCACUGUUGGGGGAUGGACAUUUGCAAUUUGGAAAGAAGGCGUGACGAGUGGACCACUUCUUCAAUCAGCGAGUCAUCUUAUGAGACUAACACGAGGGCACUGGAGUCCCUCAAGACCAGGGGUAUUUUUCAUCACGAAGACCGACGGAAAUGUAGACGUGUGGGACCUACUGGACAGGUCGCACGAGCCUUCCUUGACUCAGAACGUUACUGCUGCUCCCAUCACCACAAUUUCACCUCACCAGGUUUCAAGUAAACAACAGCUGCUAGCUGUAGGUGACAGUAUGGGGACACUGCAUGUGAUGGAGGUUCCGUGGAAUCUCAGGCACCCAUCAGCUAAUGAGGCAAAUGCUAUGGAGAACUUCUUCGAACGAGAAGUAAAGCGACUUGCUUUUGUGGAGGAAAGAAUGAAGAUACGAGAACAGGAAAAGAAACAGCUGGACGCUGAAGAAAGCAAACGGCAACAGGAGGGUAAACGUCAAGAGGAGAGUGACGCAGAUGUAGAGGUCCGACAAAGAAUGGAAUAUCAGGAGUAUUUACAGAUGGAGAAACAAUUACUUGAAGAACUUGGCAUAAGAGAAGAAUCUGACGAUCUUGAAGGAACUUAAUAUUAACCUGCCAAACCAAGAUUACGAAACGAUCAUUUUUUGAAAGUUUAUGGCAAGAUUUUUAGUCUGAUAACAAAGAACGCGUUUGGUUACCAAAUGACGUUCUGAUGUAAAUUGUGUACUUUAUCAGUAUUGCUGUAUAUUUUAUGUUUCAGUUGUGUGUUUUCAAAUCCUUGUCUUUGUGCAUACGUCACCUAUUUUCUCUGCUUAUUUGUACGCAGCCUAAUCAAAUCCUCGAACUCCGAAAUACCCGAAAAGUUUCCGAUUAUUGUAUCAACUAAUCAAAACAUUGCACGAGCAAUUCCGAACUCCCCGGACGUACUCACGUCAGCUUCACGUCAUAACAUUUCGUCUUGUUGCUUAGCACCUCUUACGCAAUC